GUCACAGUAGUGAAGCGCCCAGACUUCCAGUGACAUUUCCCACUUGGUUACCGCCCAGACCCAGCAGAUCCUGACGUUCCAUUGAAAAUGGCCGACAAGAAUAACCUCUUACUGCUCUUCGACCAUCCCACCGAGCCCGUGUUCAUGGACAAGGGCAAGAAGGUGACCGUGUUCGAUGUGCCCGACUCCUUCCUGACCGACCGCUACCGUCCCAUUAGCAACGAGGUGCAGAGCCGCGUCGGCGACAAGGUGGAGCAGCGAGUUCCAGUGCGGGAGAUCUCCAUUCCCGAUCUGCGGAUCCCCAUGUCCCUGGGCCGGGACGAGCAGUUCUCGCUGUUCCUGCCCAAGCACCGCAGGAUCGCCGGCCGUCUGAUCGACAUAUUCAUGAACAUGCGCUCCGUGGACGAUCUGCAGAGUGUGGCGGUAUAUGCCAGGGAUCGGGUCAACCCGGUGCUCUUCAACUACGCCUUGUCGGUGGCGCUGCUCCAUCGCCCGGACACCCAGGGCCUGGAUCUGCCCUCCUUCUCGCAGACUUUCCCUGACCGCUUCAUCGACUCGCAGGUGAUCCGAAAGAUGCGGGAGGAGUCGUUCGUAGUACAGCCCGGUUCCCGUAUGCCCAUCACCAUUCCCAGGGACUACACCGCCUCCGAUCUCGACCCCGAGCACCGGCUGUGGUACUUCCGCGAGGAUCUGGGCGUCAACCUCCACCAUUGGCAUUGGCAUCUGGUCUACCCCUUCGAGGCCGCCGACCGCAGCAUCGUGGCCAAGGAUCGGCGCGGCGAGCUCUUCUACUACAUGCACCAGCAGGUGAUCGCCCGCUACAAUGCCGAGCGGUUCAGCAACAACCUGGCCAGGGUUCUGCCCUUCAACAACCUGCGGGAUCCCAUUGCGGAAGGGUACUUCCCCAAGAUGGACUCUCUGGUGGCCAGUCGCGCCUGGCCUCCGCGCUUCGAGAGCACCAGGCUGAGCGAUCUCAACCGGGAGGCCGACCAGCUGAAUGUGGAGAUUGGAGAUCUGGAGCGCUGGCGGGAUCGCAUCUACGAGGCCAUCCACCAAGGAUUUGUCAUGGAUGAGCGUGGCAACCGUGUGCCAUUGGAUGAGGCCACGGGCAUUGAUACCCUCGGCAACAUGGUUGAGUCCUCCAUUCUGUCCCCCAACCGAGUGCUGUAUGGUGACCUGCACAACAAUGGACACACCUUCAUCUCGUACGCCCACGAUCCCACCAGCAAGCACCUGGAGUCCUUUGGCGUGAUGGGUGAUGUGUCCACCGCCAUGCGUGACCCUGUUUUCUACAAGUGGCACUCGUACAUCGACCGCAUCUUCCAGGAGCACAAGAUACGCCUGCCUGCCUAUACCGAGAACCAGCUUAACUACUCGGGCGUCUCGAUCGAGGGCAUCCAGGUGGACACCAAUGGAGGGCGUCCCAAUAACCUGACCACCUUCUGGCAGCAGUCAGACGUGGACAUGUCCCGCGGCUUCGACUUCCUGCCGCGAGGCAAUGUCUUCGCCCGGUUCACCCAUCUCCAGCACUUGCCCUUCACCUACACCAUCAGCGUGAACAACAGCAGUGGUGCCCAGCGUUUUGGCUACGUGCGCAUUUUCAUCGCCCCGAAGAACGACGAGCGUGGCCAGCCCAUGCUGAUGAGAGAACAGCGCUCCAUGAUGAUCGAGCUGGACAAGUUCGUGACUGCCCUGAACCCGGGACCCAACACCAUCCGCCGCCGCUCCACGGAGUCCAGCGUGACCAUUCCGUUCGAGCGCACCUUCCGCAACCUGGAUGCCAAUCGUCCGGCUGCCGGCACUCCGGAGGAGCUGGAGUUCAACUUCUGCGGCUGUGGCUGGCCCAACCACAUGCUGGUGCCAAAGGGUCUGCCCGAGGGAUUGCCCUGCGUGCUGUUCAUCAUGGUGUCCAACUACGAGAACGAUAGGGUUGACCAGCAAUUGGUGGGUCGCUGCAGCGAUGCCGCUUCCUACUGCGGCGUCCGUGAUCGCCUUUACCCGGAUCGCCAGUCCAUGGGAUUCCCCUUCGACAGGUUGCCCCGCACCGGAGUCGACCGCCUGGUGAACUUCCUCACGCCCAACAUGAGCAUCGUGGACGUGAACAUCCGCCACGAGAACCGCACCGUGCAGCGCCAAAACUAGACGAUCCGCUCCUGAUCCGCUUUCCCGACUCGCCCUGACCCGAUUCCAUGGCCUCGCCCACUUCUAGAUACACAACUCUUGGCAAUCUAUUGCAUCUUUAUUGAGCCACCUAAUAAACCGACAUCAUGGCAUUCCACAA